AAGUUUUUAUGCAUGAAGCCAUUCCAUGCUCUAAGCCGGUUUAAAAACUAGCGCAUUAGUAUUCGUUUGUGUCGUGGAAAAAUGGACGGUUUGUUGCAACUGAACAACUCGUGCCCGGGUGGCGUUAAUGGGCUGCCCGGACAAUUGUUUAUGACUAUGUUGAACGUGUUGGUUAACGCACAGUGCACUUUGGAUUUUAAAAACGAAUAUCCUGAAGAUUAUAGUGAUAAACUGAAGGAUUUGGAAGAGUUCGAUUACAUUGUGGUUGGAUCUGGUGCGUCUGGUUCAGCUGUGGCCAAUAAACUCACUGAGAACAAUAUCUACAAGGUUUUGGUACUAGAAUCUGGUGGUUUACCCUCAACCACCAGCGAAAUUCCUAGCUUGUUGUUCAGCCUUCAAGGCACGAACGAGGACUGGCAAUAUAGUACGGUACCAAAGUCAGGAAAUUGCGAAGGCUUUAAGGGAAAAUCAUGUGCAGUGCCCAGAGGAAAGCUUCUAGGAGGAAGCACCUCUAUAAAUGCCAUGUUAUAUGUAAGGGGCAACAAAAGAGACUACGACAAUUGGGCGGAACUGGGAAAUCCUGGUUGGGAUUGGGACAGCGUCCUGAAGAUUUACAAGUCGUUUGAAAACGUUCCUGAUGACCACAAUGGAGUGAAUAGGUAUGGGAAAGGAGGUUUUCUGGAUUUGGACAGGUACAUUUCCACACAUCCUUUAAGAGGUACUAUAAGGAAUGCAGCAGGAGAACUUGGUUAUGAAACUAUGUCUUCUGAACCGAAUUUGGGGUACUUUGAGGCUUUGACCAUCAUCAAAAAUGGUAUCAGACAAAACUCAGCGAAAUCAUUCCUAGGCAAGAUCAAAAACAGAAAGAACCUCUAUGUAUCACUAAACAGUCACGUAAACAAGUUAGUACUGAAGGAUAAAAUAUGUAAAGGAGUAGUAGUUAAAAUAGGCUCAGAAACUAAAACAAUCCUAGCUAGAAAGGAAGUGAUUUUAUCUGCAGGUGCCAUAAACACUCCUCAAAUUUUAAUGUUAUCAGGAAUCGGACCUAAAUCACAUUUAGAGGAACGAGGGAUCGAUCUGGUACAAGAUUUGAAAGUGGGAGAAAACUUGCAAGAUCACUUGUUCUAUCCGGGCUUCAUGUUUAAACUACACCCCAAAACUGUGCCCCAGUUUCAUCCGCUUCAUGCUAUCGAUGAGAUGUACAGAUACUUCAUGUAUAGGGAUGGUGAAAUGGGCACAAUAUCCUUGACCAACUUCCUAGGCUUCAUCAAUACGAAAAAGAAUUCACGUUAUCCAAACUUGGAGCUUCAUCACGUGUUUCAAGGGCAAAACGACCGUUACCUCUUGCCGGAAAUGAUCAGAGCUGGUUCAUAUGACGAUGCGAUCGCAGCAGCCCAAGUGGAGGCCAACAAAGAGGCACCAACCGCCAACUUUUAUCCCAUUUUAUUGAACCCCAAGUCCAGAGGAAGGAUAACUCUGAAGAGCAACGAUCCACAGGACAAACCUUUGAUCGACCUCAACCUCCUCGACGACAAAGAAGACGAAGAAGUUCUCUUGGAAGGCAUAAGAUACUCGGAAAAGAUGCUACGUACCAAAAACUUUAGUAAACAUCAUCCGCAAAUCGUCGACUUGGACAUCCCGAACUGUCGCGAGUUUGAGUUCCAAUCGGACGACUAUUACAAGUGCGCCUUGCGAAAUUUGGGUACGACCCUCUUCCACCCGGUGGGAACGUGCAAAAUGGGUCCUCACACUGAUAAUGCUUCGGUGGUGGACUCGAGACUGAGAGUGCACGGUGUGGGACAUUUGAGGGUGGUGGAUGCUUCCAUUAUGCCUUUGAUAACUAGUGGAAACACUAUGGCGCCAUCCAUCAUGAUUGGGUUUAAAGGUGGCGAAAUGAUUUUGGAGGAUGCCCACCACAAAGUUGGCCACAUGGAGCUGUGAUCUUUUAUUUAUUAUUGUAAAAUUUUUGAUUAGAAUAAAUUGAUCUAUUAGUGGA